GCAAACUUGAUUGUUCCUAUUAUAAGUAAGGCUUGAUAGGAGUUUGGGAUGUUACCUCUCACAAGCAUUAGCAUCUGGAGAGAGAUUGAAAUAUAGAGAGACAUGGAGCAUAUAGUUUCCUUUGCUGUGACGAAGCUGGUUGAUCUCUUAGCACAUGAAGUCGGGUUUCUCGAAGGAGUGGAUGAUGAGCUGAGAUCCCUUCGCGAUCUGCUCCAGUGGAUUGAAGCACUCCUUAAAGACACCGAUAUUCAUAGCAACAAAGACAAUGAUGAACGUGCUAAGCUUUGGGUGAACCAGGUACGAGAUCUUGCUCAUGACGCCGAAGACAUCAUCGACAACUACAUCUUCAGAGUGCAUCAUCUGGAUCAUGCAUCCCCAAGCAGUUGGCUCUCUUCCUUGGGAGCAUGUCCUGUUCUACCUUCCAAACUAUCAAUCCUCCAUGACCUUGGCAAUAAGAUUCACAAGGUCAAGGGGAGAGCUCAGGAGAUCUAUGAUAAUCAGAGAAAGAUUGGCAAUAUUGCAAGCAGCGGAGAUGGCCCUUCAAACUCAAACAUUAAUGAAGCAAGACCACCACCAGUGAGGCGGAGACGAACUCAAGAUGUGGAGGAGGCCGAUGUUCUCGGCUUUGAUGAACAUUUCCAGGCAUUGGCAAGGAUGCUGAUGGGGGAUGAUGGGAAUAAGAGGCGCGCUGUCAUAUCGAUCACUGGCAUGGGAGGGGCAGGCAAAACCACUCUCGCCAGGAAGAUCUUCUCUGACCCAGGCAUCAAAAGGCACUUCACAUUUCAAGCAUGGAUCUGGGUUUCCCAAGAGAAUCCAGCUCGACAAUUAUUGGAGGCUAUUGCUAAAAAUGCAAUGUCUAUAUCUAACCUAGAAUUGGAAGACAAAUACCUGAGCCAUGCAGAAAUGAAGCCAUAUGAAAACAUUACCACUAAAGAUGAGCAGGAAGACUGGUUGGAACACCUGAGACAUUUGAUGGUGAAGAACGAAGUUUGUUCGCACUUGAAAAAAAAUAAAUACUUGGUGAUCCUAGAUGAUAUAUGGAGCAAAGAAGCUUGGGAUACCAUUGAAGGUCUGCUACCAGAUAUGAUGAAUGGAAGUCGAGUGUUGCUAACCACUCGCAAGCAAGAUGUGGCAUUGCAUGCAGAUAGGCAGAGCCCUCCCUACGAGGUCAAGUUCUUGGGAGAAGAAGAUAGCUGGGAGUUGUUUUGCAAAAAGGCAAUUCCAACAAAGUGUAGCAAUGAUUGCCCGCCACACUUGAAACCUAUAGGAAGAGAGAUGGUGGCCAAAUGUUGUGGUUUGCCGCUUGCCAUCAUUGUAUUGGGACGCCUAGUGUUGACUAGACGUCAAUCAGCUGAGGAAUGGAGGAAGUUGCUAAAAAGCACGAAUUGGCAACUAAGGCAGGGCGAACAGAAGAUAUCAGAAAUACUAGCCCUCAGCUACCAUCAUCUCCCUUACUACAUGAAGCCAUGCUUUCUCUACUUUAGCAUCUACCCCAAGGGCGCUCUAAUCAGUGCCAAAAGGCUAAUUCGACUUUGGAUUGCGGAGGGUUUUAUCCAACCCAGAGACCAAGAAACCAUGGAGGAAGUCGCGGAGGAUUACCUUGAGGAGUUGGUGCACUGGAGUAUGAUUCAAGUGGUGGAGAGACAUGACCAUGGAGGUAUAAAGAUUUGUCGAAUCCAUGAGCUUCUCCAUGACCUCUCAAUCUUUCUGGCCCAAGGUAUGAACUUCAUUCAUAUUCCUAGCAAUGACAAGGAGGAGAAUAUUUUACAUAACUGCCGUCGACUUGCUCUCCAUGAUGACAAGAGUACGAGGUACAUUGCUCGAUCUUAUUCUAUUGACUCCAAUUCACGUUUGCGCACUAUAACUUCAGUAGACAUGGGGAAGAGCAUCUCUAAAAUGGAGAAAUUCUUCCAUGACUUGAAGUUGCUGAGAGUCAUAAAUCUACAGGGUACAAGAAUCAAGUCAUUGCCGAAUGAUAUAGGAAAGUUAAUUCAUUUAAGGUACUUGGGCUUGCGUUAUACAGAUCUAACAGAGCUACCAUCCUCCAUCGGCAAACUCAUAAAUCUGCAAACUCUUGACAUUAAGAAAUCUAUGCAUAUCAGUGAGCUACCAAGUCAAGUGUGGAAGAUGCAGCGCAACCUAAGACAUUUGGAAGGCAAUUAUUUGUCAAUCAAGGGACUGCCAAGCACUGAGAGCCUACCUAAUCUACAAACUCUUUCAAAUGUUAAAGCUGGCACAUGGUUGCAGAAUGGUUUACAAAAGAUGACGAACAUUAGCAAACUAGGAGUCCAUGAUGUCACUGGCACUGACAAGGAGGCAUUGUUAGAUUGUCUUGGCAAACUAGACAAUCUCACUAAAUUGACAUGGAAAACGAAAUUGGCAUGGAAAACGACGUAUCAUCAUAUGAUACCUAGCUCAAUAUUCUCCACUAGUCAAUACAGGAAUAAUAUCCAAAUUCUUUAUUUGGGUGGCCCGUUGGAAGGGCUGCCAGAUGCUAUCUGCAUGUCUGCAAGCCUCACCAAAUUGACCUUACAAUCAACAAGGCUUCAAGAAGAUCCCCUAGUGAUGCUUGGGAAGCUAGCUAAUCUUCAGGUUCUUAGGUUAAGAGAUGCUUUUGUUGGAGAGGAGAUGGUUUGCGUGGAGAAAGGAUUCCCUCAAUUGAAAGUGUUAGAACUGAAAUCCUUGUCUGAAUUGGAGGUAUGGAGCAUAAAGGAUGAGGCCAUGCCCAAGCUUAGAGAAUUGGAAAUAGAGGCAUGUGAAUAUUUAAUGAUGCUUCCCCAAGGCCUUCAAAUGGUUACUAGUUUGCAGAAGUUGAAAGUGAUACGAAUGAAUGAUAACUUCUGCCGAAGGUUGAGAAAUAAUGAUGGUGAGGACUGGGAAAAAAUCAAGCACAUACCCUCAGUCAUGGUGUUUCGUGAAAGAAAUAAAGCUGUGCCGUGUCGUCAACGUCCGCAAAAAAGAAAAGUAUCACAUCACCAAAUAUGUAGGUAACUGAUGCAAACCCAACACCAACGCUGUGGCAUUUUUUUAGAACUAUGCUUGUUGAUAGAUAGAGUUUGUUAAUAAGUAUUGGAAUUUUA